AUGGCCUCUUUCGCGUGGGACUACUGGAUGCCGUUCAGCCCAUCGGUCGCACCCAGUGCCACCCGAAUCGCCCCUCGGCGAACGGAUUUGCCUACAGACGCGACCAUUUACUCGGUGGAGAACUUCGAGCCCAGGCCUCCACCGGAACUGGUGUGCUCAGUGUGCCUGGGCGUGUACCGGGACCCCGUCGAGUGCCCCUGCCGCCACGUCUUCUGCUCAGAAUGCAUACAUGGCUGGUUGGCGAAUGGCACAGGCCUCGGUGCCGGAAGCUGCCCCGUGUGUCGCCAAAGAAGCUCCCCAUCUCAGCUGAUGCCAGUAGUGCCCAUCGUGAACAAUAUGAUCGCUCGACUCAACGUGAGGUGUCCGAACCACGGCACAGGCUGCAACGCCAAGGUCGCCAUGGAGGCUCUGAACCGCCAUAUCGAAACGUGCCCGCACCGCAGAGUGCCGUGCACAGACUGCGGCGUCCAGAUGCGUGCUUCGGAGCUGUCGGUGCACCAGCGCGAGCGUUGCUCCAAGCGCCGGGUUCGCUGCGAUCGCGGCUGUGGCCUAAGCCUGAGCGCUGAACGAUUGCCCGGCCAUAACUGCAUACACGAGAUGCGCAACUACAUCGCAUCGCUGGAUCGCCAAGUGGAACGUCUGCAACGCCAGGUUGAUGAACUUACGGCCAGCCUGUUGGCGGGACCCGCACCCGGAAUUAGCGGCUUCUGGCCUAGCCAUAGAAUGUGA